AUGCCUACUGCCUCCGAAAAAGAGAUUCAAGACUCCAAGAGAAGACUCCAUCAAGAGAGAACUUACUCAAAGGCAUUCCUCAACCUCCAAGACGCCCCUUGAAGGCCCUAUCAUCUCUACCUCUUAGGGAUAGGGUUCUUCUCUUCAAAAGAGCAAACCCUGAAAUCCCUGGCAUCUUGUGUAUCAAGUGCCAUGAGGUAG